AUGGCGGGCCCCGGCUCCAAGUUUCGGCCCGGCCGGAGCCGCUCCGCGCUCCCUCCGGUGCGGUGCGUUGGGGUACGGCACAAAGAGACCGGGGUCCCCCUCGUCCCCUUCCCCGUCCUCAUCCCCGUCCCCGUCCUCAUCCCCACCCGGAUCCCCAUUCCCAUCCCAUCCCCGGUUCGGACGCCCUUGGCCGCAGCUGCGGAGCGGCGGUGCGAGGCGGCGCGGUGCGGAGCCGCGCGGAGCCCUCCGGGGCCGCAGCCGGGAACGUCCCCGCGGCUGCGCCCGGGGCUGAGGGCCGGGGAGCGGGGGGAGGACCGGAGGGGCCCCCGGAGCUCUCCUCACCGACGCCUUUCGCCGCUAUUUUGUUUUGCAGGGGCGUUUUCGGGGGGAAUGGAGGCGAUCGGCAGUCAGCUGGGAAAUGGGAGAGAUGCAAGCUCCUCCCCAAAUUCAAAGCAAGAGCUGCAGCCGUACCAGGGCUCCAAUACCCUGAAGCCCAACCAAGUGGGUGAGACCUCUCUGUACGGAGUGCCCAUCGUGUCCCUGGUCAUCGACGGGCAGGAGCGGCUGUGCCUGGCGCAGAUCUCCAACACCCUGCUCAAGAACUACAGCUACAAUGAGAUCCACAACCGGCGCGUGGCCCUGGGCAUCACCUGCGUGCAGUGCACGCCCGUGCAGCUGGAGAUCCUGCGGCGGGCCGGGGCCAUGCCCAUCUCGUCGCGCCGCUGCGGCAUGAUCACCAAGCGGGAGGCCGAGCGGCUCUGCAAGUCCUUCCUGGGCGAGCACAAGCCGCCCAAGCUGCCCGAGAACUUCGCCUUCGACGUGGUGCACGAGUGCGCCUGGGGCUCACGGGGCAGCUUCAUCCCCGCCCGCUACAACAGCUCCCGCGCCAAGUGCAUCAAGUGCAGCUACUGCAGCAUGUACUUCUCCCCCAACAAAUUCAUCUUCCACUCGCACCGCACCCCGGACUCCAAAUACACGCAGCCCGACGCCGCCAACUUCAACUCGUGGCGCCGCCACCUCAAGCUCAGCGACAAGACGGCCACCGAGGAGCUGUCGCACGCCUGGGAGGAUGUCAAGGCCAUGGGCGCGGUGCGGAGCUACCCGGUGAUUCCGGUGCCCAGCAAAGGCUUCGGGAUGCUGCAGAAGCUGCCGCCGCCGCUCUUCCCGCAUCCUUACGGCUUCCCGGCCGCCGCCUUCGGACUCUGCCCCAAGAAGCAGGAGGACGCGCUGGGCGGGGCGGGGGGCGGCGAGGCGGGGAAAGGCGGCGCCUACCUGUCCGCCUUCCGCCCGGUGGUGAAGGACACCGAGAGCAUCGCCAAGCUCUACGUCACCCGCGAGGCGUACGGCGGCGCGGCGGCCCGAGCGCCCGGCUACCUCUCGCCGGACUUUCUCAGCGAGGGCAGCUCCAGCUACCGCUCGCUGUCCCCCGGGGGGGACACGGCCGAGGAGCCCGAGGUGGACGUGGAGUCCAACCGCUUCCCCGAGGACGACGAGGACGAAACCGCCGCCCCCUCGGAGGAGCGGGAGCCGCCGCCUCCCCGACUGCUGCCCGCGCCCGAGGAGCCGCUCCCCGCGGCGGAGGGGCCGGAGGAGAAAGGGGGCGAGGGGGCGGCGGAGGAGGGGAACCGGGGCCCCGACGGCAGCCCCGAGCGGAGCAGCAGCGGCGGCGCCUACGAGGUGCGGGCCGGGGCCGGGGGACACCUCGGGGCCGGCCCCGCGCCCUGACCCGCUGUUUUGUAGGUGUACGCGCCGGAACGGGGGGAGCACCUGCAGCCUCUGAAAGCCGCCGCCUCCCUGGGAGCCGCCUUCCUCUGCACCCCCGAAGCGAAGGAGCAAGAUAAAGAAGACAAUCACUCGACAGCAGAGGAUUUAGAGACCAGAAAAUCCUAUCAGGACCAAAGGAGCGUCUCGCAUCCCAGCCCUGUAAAUACUGACAGAGGAGAAGAGCUCGGCAUGGAGGUGGCGGGGACGCAGUUGGUGGAAAAGGACAUCGAGAACUUGGCCCGAGACGAACUGCAAAAACUCGUCCUGGAGCAAAUGGAGCUGAGGAAGAAAUUGGAGCGGGACUUCCAGAGCUUGAAAGAUAACUUCCAGGACCAGAUGAAGCGGGAGCUGGCGUACCGCGAGGAGAUGGUGCAGCAGCUGCAGAUCGUCCGAGACACGCUGUGCAACGAGCUGGACCAGGAGCGGAAAGCGCGCUACGCCAUCCAGCAGAAACUGAAAGAGGCCCACGAUGCUCUGCACCACUUCUCCUGCAAGAUGCUGACCCCGCGGCACUGCACGGGGAACUGCUCCUUCAAACCGCCGCUGCUGCCCCAGUGA